AGCAGAGCAGACAGGAGUAAGUCAGAGGACUCGGCAAAGGGUAGAGGGAGAGGGGGCCAGUGGGCACAGACAGCAAACAGUCCUCCCGCAUCACAAGACCCGGGUUGCCUUGACAGCGGCAGGAAGCCUGGCCGGCAGGAAGAGUCCCACAGUCCCUGAGGCCCUCCUGCUUGGCUGGGGUCAGAGCAAUGGCCACCAAGUGGUUUAGCGGGGCGCCCUUCGGGGUGCAGAGCCACAGGUUCGACAUCUCUGCUGUUUAUCCCAACCAUAAGAAGUUCAGCACCUUCACGCAAGCCCCGUACUUCAAGAAAUAUUCUGAAGAUGUGGCCCACAUAGGACCUGGGACCUAUGGGACCAUGGAGACCUGCUUCAGCAAGAAGAAGCUCAAGAGAGAGAUGGGCACAGGCUGGGCCAAGGCCCAGGAAGCCACGCGGCUGACCCAGCUGCCCCACUAUCAGUACCAGGGCAUCAUGAAAGAGAAGCAGCAGCAGAAGGAAAAACUGGGGCCCGGCUCCUACAACUUCAAAGACUUUAUCGAACUGCUGAAGCAGAAGCCGUGUAGCACCCGCGGGCUGCUCAGCUCUGGGGAGAUUCGCUUCCGAGGACUCAUUGGGAACUACUAUCCAGGUCCUGGAAAUUACGGGGAGAAAGGCAACCCCUACACGAAGCUAGAGGAGAGUGCUUGGAACCGGUCGCACUCUGAGGGUCUCAUGUCCAGGAUGACCAACAAGCCACCCCCUUUGGCACAUCAGGGGAGCGGGCUGGCACCAGGCACCUAUCACCUCAAAAGUGGCAUUGAGACAUACGUGGCACGAUCCGUGGGCACCCGAGGCCCCUAUGACAUUUUCUCUGGCGACCGACAGAAGCCCAAGCCGUAUGGACACUACUCUGCGCUGAAAAAAAAGCCCAUGGAACUGAUGAGUUUCAAGACCUUUGUGGAAGAACUUCACUCGCGUUACAACAAGAAGCGUGGGGUUUUCUCGAAUGUUCCCCGCAACCCUGAAAUCCCUCCUGAGAGGAUUUACUGGGCUACCCUAAGCCAGUACCCCCGAAAACUAGACACAUCUGGCCCUGGCAUGUGGCUUCCUGUGGAGAAGAAAUGCAAACGUGUCAACCAACCCCCCUUCCUGCUGUCCUCCAAGCGGCCAAGCAAGCCCUACCAGAUGCUUAUGGGAGCCUGGAACCCGGUCGGUGUGGGCCGCUACCUCAACACCUGGCUGAUGGAGACAAAGGACCAGCGGCAGCGGUACCGGUCUCUCUUCCUCGGUGAAUCCAAGCGCUACCCCUCAGACCCGGUCAAAGAGAAGCUCUUGCAGGAAAGGAUCACACCUUUUACUAAAGGGAAGUGUCUUGCAACCGUGGAUUACAAUUUGGAUCCUACUCCUUAAAGCUGCUUUCGGAGGACGGCCUGCAGGGACCAGAGGGCCUUAAGGCCUGAAGACCAGUCUGGAUAUAGGAGGGUAGGCAUGGAAAUGGGGGUUUGGGGAGGGGGGUGCCCAGGAGAGCAGAGAGGUGUGUGGAAACAUCUACCUGGGGGAUGUCUGUGGGGACAGCUGGGGCCAGAUAAUCCUCUGAUAGGAGAGCUCAAUUAUCCUGAGAACUCAAGUCAGCCAAUGACGUGAAUAUGGGAGCCAGAGGGCAAUGGACUCAAGGCUGGAAUGUGGAGACACUAAGGGUACUCCUUCUAGUCUCUGGGGGGUGGCCACAAUGUCCUCACUGUUUCUGUGAGUGAAGAUGGGACGGGAGGCUCUGCUGUUUCUGGAGAAAGGAGAUUGAGACACCAGAGCUGUAGCCACGGAACUCACAAUAUCAACACUGCUUCAAACACUCUUCAAAGCAGGAGUGCCUUAUGCAGGGAAAGCAGGUACUUGCCCAAUCUUGUCAAAGUGCCUAUUCUAGAAGAAGUAAAACUGUCUUUAUUCACAGACAUCUUGUCUAUGCAAAAAAAAAAAAAAAAAAAAUCCUUCGUCAGAAAUUCAGACUGAGGAUUCUGGCAACUUGCAACCUCCAAAAAAGCUAAUGUGCCAACUAGAAUGCUGAAGUCAGUUUUAGGAAAUACGAUCAAUAUAUUCAAAUUAAAAAAGUAUAUAUUGAAACCAGCUAUUUUAUAUACUGGCAAUACACAGUCAAAAACCUUAAAUAGCAUCCAAACUGUGAAAUAAGUAAAAAUUUGGUAAACGAUGUACGAAAUCUAUACACAGGAAACUACAAAAUACCAUUGAGGGAAAUUAAAGACCUAAAUAAAGAGGACGAGAGAUCACCUUCAUGGAUCAAAAGGCUCCAGGUUAAUAUGUCAAAUCCCCCCAUAUUGAUCUAUGGAGUCAAUGUACCGAUCAAGAUCCCAGUAAUUUUUUUUUUUUUUUUUUUUAGUUAACAGGUUGAUCCUAAAAGUUAUAUGAAAAUAUAGACAUCUUUGAAAAUGAGGAAUAAAACUGAGGGCUAACACUAUCUUAUCCCAGUGUGAAACUGCUCAGACAGACCUGCAGGUGAAAGGAACAAAAUAGAGAAAGCAGAGACUCCACACCGAGAUGGACAACUGACUUCCAGCCAGUGCAAAGACAAUUCAGUGGGAAAAGAACCGCCGUGUAAACAAAUGGGCUGGAAUUACUGAAUGUCAACAUGCCCAAAGCAAAACAAAAAACUACACUCAGACUUGCAUGACGUACAAAAAUCAACUCAAAGUGAAUCACAGACCUAAAUGUAAAACCUAAACACUAUCCGUCUAGAAGACCAACAGCAGAAAACCUGUGUUCAGCAAAGAUUUCUCAGACACUUUUCCGCCCAGAGGUUCCAUUAACACCGAGGCCAGAGCACACGUGGCAGUGAUAGAAAUCCCCAAACCGUGUCACCCACAGCCCUGGUAACCUUGUCCCUCGCCAGGUGUCCUUCAGCUUCUGUUCAGGGGAGGGAGCCUGGUGGGAGGGGCAGAGCCUGUACUCGAGCCCAGGAUCACGCUGUGGCCCCUGAGCAAGAAACCACAAAGGCUACUUCCGACUCACACUUUUAUUUUUACAGAAGCAGCAGCCACACAGUCACGGGCACGUUAAGUGUUCUGAACGGUCAUAGGCGCAGCGUCUGCAGCUCCAGGAGCCAACUGGGGUGGGGGUGAGCUCAUGGCUUUCUCCUUGGUCCCAUGAUCAAGGAAAAAACUAAAAACCACACACCAUACACUGCCACACCCAUGCCACCCCCUCCCUUUCCUUAAUAUCCAAUUAAAUUAUGUAUCCUUCCAGCCAAAGAAACUGACCACAGUUCUGAUUUUACAGAAAACCUUCAUGCAGCCAAGAAACUUGGGGCUCUGGAGGGGACAGGCCUAUUCUACUUUCACACACACCACUUACCCUCCCCUCCCGACCCCCAACCUGGGUGCCAAGUUUAACUCCACCUGAGACCACCACCUGGAUGGGCAGUGAUGGACUUGCCCCAAAGAAAAUGCUGGUAACUCAGCUCACCAGGCAUGCUUGGAAGACUGCCUCUUUCCGGGCGAGGUAUUACUUGCACAAAACAUUAACCUGGGGGCAGUGUGACCCCAAGACCUUCCCUUUGAAGCCCCAGGCUGCAGGGGCUGUAAAGGGCAGGAUU